GCGGUAGCACUUCCGGUAGGGCGCGCGGUGCAGCCUGGGAUAACAUCCGGGUCUUCCGGUGAGAAGAGCGGCGGCGUCGGAGGACCGCCGUGGGAGGACUGCUGCUCGCUGUCGUUUCUCUGGCAGGCCCAAGGCCCCUCGUUAUCCCGGCGCCAUGGCGAUGCAAGCGGCGAAGCGAGCCAACAUUCGGCUGCCACCGGAGGUCAAUCGGAUCCUGUACAUUAGGAACUUGCCUUAUAAAAUCACCGCGGAGGAGAUGUAUGAUAUUUUUGGGAAAUACGGGCCUAUUCGGCAAAUCAGAGUUGGAAACACUCCAGAAACGAGAGGAACAGCUUAUGUAGUCUAUGAAGACAUCUUUGAUGCCAAAAAUGCUUGUGAUCACCUGUCAGGAUUCAACGUGUGCAACAGAUACCUUGUUGUUUUGUACUAUAAUGCAAACAGGGCAUUCCAAAAGAUGGACACAAAGAAGAAAGAGGAACAGCUUAAGCUUCUCAAAGAAAAAUACGGAAUAAAUACAGACCCACCAAAAUAAACUGAUGCUUUUGGAAACCUGUUCUCCAGACCUGCCAGUGUGUUUUUAAACUAAAUAAGGAUUCUCACAGAAGUAUAACGUACUGCUUUUAAUAGGCUGUAAUUUUGAAUCUUUAGAUCUUCAUGGUAGAAUUGAAUAGAUGUGAAACGUCAGAACAUCUGCUUUAAGAGGAAGUCCCCUGAAGGGCCAGGAGCUCUCUGUGAUGUAAGGGCUUGGACUGGUAAGGGCUGUGUAACCACAGUCCUGCUUGGGGCAGACCCUUGUAAGAUGGGACCACGUACAUGGAGCAGUUCUGGCUGCUCCCCAGCCUCCAGGGCUGACUUGAACCAUGGUAGCCAGCUGAUGCAGAAGAGUUCCAAGGCUCUGUAUGAACUCUUUAUGAAUUUCACUUGCCGCUUCUAAAAAUGGAUUAAAUACCAGUAAACAAGA